CAUGCUCUUCGCCGUCGUGUUCUCCUCCUCCGCCUCCGUCGGCUACACGCUCUCCGCGGCCGGCGCCGCGCCGCGUCCUGCGCUGCAGUCCGCCGGCGCGGCCCCAGCUGCUGCCUUCUCCGGCCUGCGCCUUGCCGCGGCGCGCGUGCGAAUGUCGGACGAGAUGAGCGAGGAGGAGUUUCUCGCGAUGCAGGACGCAGAGGAGCUGGUGGACGCAGAGGGGAACGUCGUGACGCAGACGCAGGAGCUGUCGGAGGGCGCGAAGCGGGUCGUGCGUGGCAUGCGCUCCGAGACGGGUGUCGAGUUUGCGCCGUGGAUGAAAGUGGACGCCGAGGCGAUUGCCCGCGCGGACCGCGAGCGCAAGGAGCGCAAGGCGCGGCAGGCGGCGCAGGCGAAGCAGCUCGACCCGUACGCGAUGGACCCGCAGGCGGCGGAGCUCGGCGCUGGCGCGCGGCCUCCUCCCCCUCCAGACGCCUCCCUCGCCGCGCCGCCUCACGCCCGGCCCGCCUCUGCCGCCAGGCGGCGGCCUCAAGUCAAAGAUCCUGUCCGAGGACGAGGUGGAGCUGAAGUGGUCCACCGGCAACGAGGAGGGCAAUGCCGGCUUCAUCGUGCAGCGGCGACAGGGAGGUGCCCUCCUCCCGGGCGCCUCCUCGGCAGCCUGCCCCCGCCGCGUGCCGCCCCAGCCCCGCCUCUGCUCCGCAGGCACCGAUGCCUUCGCCGACCUCGAGUCGUUCGAGAGCUUCGCGCCGCUCAGGACCAAGGGCCCCGGCGGAGGCGACUACACCUUCAUCGACGACACCUGCUCGCCCGGGACGUGGGUCUACCGCAUCCUCGACUGCGACUCGACGGGCACUCGCUCCGCCGUCUGCCAAAAGCUGGUCGAGAUCGACGCGCAGAGUGAGCAGACCUUCACCCUCAUCGUCGGCGGCGUCAUCGCGGCCCUCGCGCUCGCCCUCGUCGCCGCCGGCAUCUCCGCCGAUCCGAUCCAGACCACCGCCGGCGGCCGCGCGGGCUUCUAGAGUGACUGGCGGCUGUGCAUGCGCCCCUGCCCGCUCCCCACCUCCUGUUCGUAGCGCGCAGAGGCGGGGGCGGGCGGGCCUGGAGUCUGUGUCUUGUGUCGGGUCCUGGACAGCUCGGGCUCGAUCGCCAACGGGCUGGAGGGGAGUCGAGCGUCUGACGCUCUCUGCUGGCCGGCGCGGUUCUCGCGACCGCUCUGAGCCCUCACUGCGUGAGCCAAAUCCGCGCCUGGAUCUCGAGUCUCCCCUCUCUCUCUGCACUGUAAGAGGUGCGCCUUUAUCUCUAUUGCAUGUGCCGUUAACAUGACCAGUCCACA